CCCCGGGCCGGCCGCCGCCCCGCUUUCCCCUCCACCCCCAAGAUUUCCGCCGCGGCAAUGGCGGGCGGCGGGCGGCGGCGGGCGCAUGGGGGCUCCUGACGCGCCGCGCCGGCCGCAGAGCCGCGCUCGGGGCGGGAGGCUGCCCUGACUCUUCCCCUCCCCGGGAGAACUUCCCGCUCGGCUGGGCUGCCCCCGCCGUGCUCCGCCAUGCUGCCCGCCUCCCUCGGGCGGGCCGGGCAGCGCGGCCGGCGGGUGCGGGCCUGCCUGGGGGGGUGGCCGCUCGCCCCCCGGCGCUGGGCGCUGCUGCCGCCGCCGGGGCCCUGCCUGAGGUGGCGGCAGCGGGAGCCCGCCCCGCUACUCCGGGCCGCGCGGCUGAGCGUCGGCACGCAGGCCGGGGGGCUGAGAGCUGAAAAGCCGGGCGGGAGCAGCAAACCCGUGGCCGUGCCAGCGGGCCGGAAAGAGGGAGCGCUGCUGUCGGCUGCCCUGAAAGUGAAAGAAGCUGGAAGAGACUUUACCUAUUUCAUUGUGGUGCUUGUUGGAAUUGGUGUUACAGGUGGUUUGUUCUAUGUGAUUUUUAAAGAGCUAUUCUCUUCUUCUAGUCCAAGUAAGAUCUAUGGAGAUGCCUUGGAGAAAUGCAGAUCUCACCCCGAGAUAAUUGGUGUUUUUGGUGAAUCUAUUAAAGGUUAUGGGGAGGCAACAAGAAGAGGAAGACGACAGCUUGUCAGUCACAUUGAAUACGUGAAGGAUGGACUGAAACAUAUGCGUUUGAAGUUCUAUAUUGAGGGCUCUGAACCAGGGAAGCAGGGAACAGUCCAUGUGGAAGUCAAAGAGAAUCCUGAGAGAGGAAGAUUUGAAGUCCGCUACAUAUUUGUGGACGUUGACACCUAUCCUAGAAGAACCAUUGUCAUAGAAGACAACAGAUAGCCAGUGACCGAAGUUGCUGCCACAUCUCACUGAAUAUUGGAUGAUACUGGUGUAGUCAGACUACACGUGAAUUGUCUGGUGUUCUCGAUUCUAUCUUGCAGCUUUGGGGUUGUGUUAUAAGACGUAACAGGGCCUGCUUUAAGGUCUUUCAUAAUAAGAGAUACAGGAUUUUAAGUUAAGCUACUGAAAUAUAGUAGAGCUAUCACUUAACAGCAAUUACUUUUGACAUAGGAAAAUAAUCGUUGAUAAUAAACAGUUUAAUGCUGAUAAUACUUCUGCACACCCAAAAAAAGCAUCUUCCAAGAUUUUAGGUUUGGAUGGGGGGUUCUUUGUCUUCCUUUGCUUUGAUUUCCCACUAGCACCACAAUAAAAUAAGUGGUAUUUUAAGUGUA